AAUUUGAAACUUUUAUCUCUCUAAAAAAACAAAAGUCUUCUCUCCUUCACAGCUCUUCCAGCUUGGAACCUGAGGGUUUCCAUUUUUAGGGUUUCCAAAAUACCCCCAAAAUUUUCCAGAUAAAAUUUUCUUGGAAAAUUUGAUGUGGGUAUGAUAGAAUUUACAUUUUCUAAGGUCAAAGUUUCGAUCUUUAAGAAAUAACAUUAGUGUUUCCCUGAAAAUUGCAAAAACAAAAAACAAAGCCGGAUAUUUGAAGUGCUGGGGAGGAAAAAUGCCGGGGCAUAAGUCAAAAUCAGAGAAGAGUGAAGCAGAAAAGACACUAAGGAGGGACCCUUAUGAGGUAUUAGGUGUCUCAAGGAAUUCUACAGAUCAAGAAAUUAAAAGUGCUUACAGGAAAUUAGCUUUGAAGUAUCAUCCUGACAAGAAUGGAAAUGAUCCUAAAGCAGCGGACAUGUUCAAGGAGGUCACCUUUUCAUAUAACAUUUUAUCUGAUCCAGAUAAAAGACGUCAAUAUGACUCAGCUGGUUUUGAGGCUGUUGAGUCAGAAAGCCAAGAAUUGGAGCUUGAUCUUUCAAGUUUGGGAACUGUAAACACUAUGUUUGCUGCACUUUUUAGUAAGCUUGGUGUACCAAUAAAAACCACAGUCUCCGCAACUGUUCUAGAGGAAGCCUUAAAUGGUUCGGUACCUAUACAACCACUUCCACUUGGGCAGCCUUUGUGUAAAAAGGUAGAAAAACAAUCUGCUCACUUCUACUCUGUUAACAUAACAGAAAAGGAAGCGAAGGGGGGCCUUGUCUGCCGAGUUUAUUCACGAGAAAAAAGCAAAUUCAAGCUAUUGUACUUUGACCAAGAAGAAAAUGGUGGACUGAGCCUUGCAUUACAGGAAGAUAGUUCAAAAACAGGUAAAGUCACAUCUGCCGGCAUGUAUUUUCUUGGAUUCCCAGUUUAUCACAUGGAUCAAACCCAAAACUCGGUAACAGCUGCAAAGGAUCCAGACUCAGCUUUUUUCAAGAAACUGGAUGGAUUUCAACCAUGUGAGAUAACUGAGCUAAAAGCUGGCACACAUGUCUUUGCAGUUUAUGGUGACAAUUUUUUUAAAAGUGUGAGCUACACCAUUGAAGCUGUUUGUGCUGAACCUUUUACUGAGGAAAAAGAGAAUCUUAGAGCAAUAGAAGCUCAACUUUUGUCAAAAAGGGUGGAACUUUCUAAGUUUGAAACAGAAUAUAGGGAGGUCUUAGCGCAAUUUACUGAGAUGACAAGUAGAUAUGCACAAGAAAUGCAAGCUAUCGAUGAGCUUCUUAAGAACCGCAAUGAAAUUCAUGCUUCCUAUACAACUCUUCCUGCAAUGAAGCGUAGUAGUAGCAAUCGAAGUAAGAACAAAGGUGGUUCCAAGGAGGCCAGUGAAGAUGGUCCAGUACGAGAUAAGAAGGCUUCAAGAGACCGGUCAAAGAAGAAGAAGUGGUUCAACAUUCCCUUGAAGGUUGACAAAAGGAAGCCUUGUUAAAAUAGGUUUAUAGAGAAACGUGGUAGCAGUUGGCGCCGAGGUGCACUUACUGUUUUGUCCAAGCAAUGAACAUGUUGCAGGACUUGAGAAAUUGCCGGAGGGCGUAAUUGCUGUACCUAGGCAUCAGCUUUGCGCUGAAAUACUGGUAGGUAUUUAUGAAAUGGUGGUGUGACACGAGAAGCACUCAACAAAUCCUAUUGUAAAAUUCUUUCCUCUUUAUUCUUUUACCUUUUGAUGUCCGUCCCCAACGCUCACGCAUGUAAAUUGCAUUAUUCAAUCACAAGUCUUUCUUGAAUGAGC